AAGUGAAAAUGGUAAUUACAAUCUAGAAUCCGCUUCGAGUUCCGACAAUGACUCGAGUUCCGACGACGAAACGGUAAGUGUCCCCCAAGGUCCUGAUCAAGGUGAAGAGGCAUGGCGCGAAAAACUAAGGAUUUGGGCAACGCACAGCAACAUCAGCCAUCGGCAGCUGCGUGGGUUGCUUCGAAUACUCCAUGAACCACACUCGUCGCUGCCUUUGGAUCCAAGGACGUUGUUGGGCACGCCAACGGAACCGGCGACAGUGUUCGAAAUGGAUGGAGGCUCCUAUUGGCACAAUGGUUUAGAGCGCUGUCUUCGUUACGCUUUCCGUUGUUUGAGCACCCACCGUACCAUCUCGUUGAACAUCAACAUAGAUGGAAUGCAGGUGUUCAACAACGGAAAAAACCAGAUGUGGCCCAUACUAGGAAACGUCCACGAAGAGCCAAGCGUGGCUGUCUUCUUAGUGGCCGUUUAUUAUGGACUGCAUAAGCCGAAGCGGGUACAGACGUUCUUGGAGCAGUUUACAAUGGAAUACGAAAACCUAAUCGACACUGGAUUGGUCAUCAACGGUAACUUGUUGACGAUAAAGCAUCGCGUUUUUAUCUGCGAUUCACCAGCUCGAGCCUUUUGCAAAGGAGUUGUAUCAUAUAAUGGAAGAUGGGGAUGUAUUAAAUGUAUGGUCCAGAGGACGGAAGAUCGAUUAACGAAAAUAAAGUCGUACCAGGUGGAGGAAGCCCCGCUGAGGACAGAUGCAGAUUUUCGACUACUUACGGUGUAUGGCGAUCAUCAUCAAAAGGAGAAGGUGGCAGGUAGGCCAGGGUUUCACACGGUUGUAUCGCCGUUAAUGAGACUUAACAUAGAUUUUAUUCACAGCUUUAUAACUAGCGAUACGUUACACUUGUUGCAUCAUGGGGUAAUGAAAUGUUUUUUAUCUGGUUUCUUAAAUGGUAGUAGAGGUAGAAUUAAGUGGCAAUCUGCCCAGAUAAAUGAUUUAGAUAGAAUAUUAAAUGAAGUAAAACUGCCUUGCGAAAUGAAUAGACAAAUUCGGCCCCUUUCUGCAAUGGCACAUUGGAAAGGGACUGAAUUUGCAUCAUUUUUGAAUUACGUAGGUGUUGUUAUUCUUCAAAAUUUCAUUGAGGAUUGCGAUUUAAUGUCACUUAAAUAUUUGCAUGUAGCUGUUAAAAUUUGUUCUAAUAAGUAUUAUAGAAAUCAUUUACCAUUAGCUAGAAAAUAUUUUAGAAAAUUUAUAGUACAAUACCAUGACAAAACUAAGACAAUAACCAGCAAUAUUCACUUACUAACACAUGUGGUGGAUGAAGUAGAACUAUAUGGACCCUUGCCUACUAUAUCAACCUAUUCUUUUGAGAAUAUUUUAUCACAAUUGAAAAAAAAAUUAAAUCGUGUAGACGUCCCUUGCAACAGUUAGCCAAUAGAAUCCAAGAACAAGCUCGUUGCAAAAAUAUAGAUCCACCAACAGUUAUCUAUCCAAAGUUAUCCAAACCUAAUCCCAUAAAUAGAUCCCAUUAUAAAGUAGUUAGCUUAGCUAGUAAUUUUACAUUAAAGAAUGCAGUGGCGGCAGACAAAUGGUUUCUAAGUGCUGAUAAAAAGGUUAUUGCUAUGCAAUU